AUGCCUUUAUUCGCCGACCCAGCUAUCUUCCCAUCGUUCAACGAACUGCCAUCUUCAUCAACUCCUCCCGCGCCAACGGCAGACUGGUUCCUGCUAGCGCAGAUCAAGGAAGACAUGACGAUCACGAAGCCCACGGCGAUCGUCCGGGACAGGAGCGGAGCAGAAUUCGCCGUCACCUUCGAAGACGGCGACCAUCGCGGUCUCGGGCAAGGCGGGGUGCGCUUCCGGAAAGGCCACACGUUAGUUGUGCCGCGCGCGACGCGCACGGACCGCGGCGAGGGGAAAAAGCCUAUCGUCCGCGUGCCGCCGGGGGAAGGGGCUGGUGUUAAAAUCUUGCCCGCUGGCUUGGAACAGGUUUUUGAAAUAGGGGCGGUUCUAGAUGGAAUUGAAGGGGCCGGACGGGGGAAGAGGUGUGCGGCGUGCGGCAAGGAGCAGGAGGAGGAGGAGGAGGAGGGAGCAGAGCAUCUGUUAAUGCGAUGUACGGGAUGUGGCGUUGUCGCGUACUGCAGCAAGGCUUGUCAGGUCCAGGGCUGGAGCGAAUUAGGACACAAGGCGAAUUGCAAGGUGAUUCGGUCUAUCAAGGAGAUAUGGUCGUGAUAUGGCGUGCCAGUGUCAUUCGUGUUGUUGGCACUCUCGCCGGGUGGGACUGCGAGGUUACCGGUUACCUAGUGACUCAGGUUUACAGCUGGAGGCUUCAUAUAUCUGAACAACAGAUGGUCCUUCACCGCAAAACAAGCAACCCACUACGUGCAGCUGAUGGUCUAAUGGUAAAGUUCAUCUUUCCAUUACCGGAAGCGCAAACCACGGAAAGCGGGUUUGCCAUGUUGUAACUAAGCCCUGAACUGCCAUCCCAUAUUUGUGAGAACACCACAUAUUUGUGAGAACACACCACAGUUUGAAGGAUUGGAGGGGCGGUUCAACAGCGGACUUUUUUUUUUUUCUUUUUUUUUUUUUUUUUUUUUUUUUCCCCUUUUCUUCUGAGGAUUUCUUCUUAUGGGUUUUU